AGGCGCUGCCCUUUGGAGACAAACCAUUCUACUUGUAGUGUCUGCAUCAAGUCUGGAAGCAAGGGCUCAAAUUUAACAGAAUCCACCUUAAAAUCUCUCCCUUAACUUAUGCCUACCUUCCGCCACUUUGAGUGAGAAUAUCACAGGACAAGGGGGGGAAUAAAGACGCCUCUGGAAAAUUCGUGUGUUAAUAGGACAAUAUCUGCUCGCGGUGGAGAGGGGAGAGAGCCAACAGCACAGCGAGAGAGAGAAAACCGAUUUGGUCCUGAGAGAGAGGGGGGUGAGUGCUCUCAAGGCAGAAAAUUCGAUGAUGACCAUGACUACGAUGGCUGACGGUCUGGAGGCUCAGGACUCGUCCAAGUCUGCGUUCAUGGAGUUUGGUCAGCAGUCGCACUCACAGCAGAGCUCCCCGUCGAUGGCCAGCGGCCACUACCCGCUGCACUGUCUCCACUCCGGCUCACACGCUCACCACCAGCACGACAACACCCCGUACCCCGGGACCAACACCUACAACAGGUCCUUGCCAUACCCCUAUGUGAGCCAUCCGCACCACAGCCCGUAUCUGCCAUCCUAUCACAACAACACGGGAGGACAGACAAGGUUAGACGGCACAGAGCAGCAGAAAACGACAGUGAUUGAAAACGGGGAAAUUCGUUUUAAUGGCAAAGGCAAGAAGAUUCGCAAACCUCGGACAAUUUAUUCCAGCUUGCAGCUACAAGCGCUCAAUCAUCGUUUCCAGCAAACACAGUACCUCGCUUUACCGGAGCGCGCUGAGCUGGCUGCCUCUCUAGGACUGACACAAACCCAGGUAAAGAUUUGGUUCCAGAAUAAGAGGUCAAAGUUCAAGAAGCUACUGAAGCAAGGCAGCAACCCGCAUGAGAGCGACCCUAUACCAGGCUCCAUGUCCCUCUCCCCGCGCUCCCCGACCAUUCCUCCAAUAUGGGACGUCUCGGCGUCUUCCAAAGGAGUAAACAUGCCGGCCAACAGCUACAUGCCCGGCUACUCUCACUGGUAUUCCUCUCCACAUCAAGAUUCAAUGCAGAGAUAGAUUGGUGAGGCUAAAAGGUCAGUGAGCUGUCUGGAGGCCUCCGGAUCCUCCGCCAUGCAGUUUCCAACGUAGCCUACAAUUUGUGUCAGCGCAGAGACUGGAUGCUGGGGAGGAGAAAGAAUAACCCCAUCCGCUGCUCCUCGACCGAAGGAUAAAACAGAUAAAGCAGCCAAACCUCGGCGUGAUGACACAAACAACGGAACUAACCAUUUUUUAGCGUACAUGGCUGUUCAGUGGACUCGCAUAUUUGUUAUGCUUUCAUUCAUGUCAACAUCUGAAAGUCAAUAUACCAAAUAUUAUCAGUGACAUUUCAGCCACUUUGGGCAAAGACUGCUUACACUCUCCGUGCGCUGUGGCGCCCAGAACCUUUUGCCAUGGUGGACUCCUGACUGCUUUUUUUUUUUUUUUUUUUUUUCCAACAUGCAAAACCAAGCAAAUUGUCUGUCUGUAAAUAUAAUCUGCGAUUUUAGUUGUACAUACACUUUUUAUGUUUUGUCAGAUUGAGUAAA